AUGGCAUUCUGGGGGGCAAAAGUGCCUGCACGCGGAACUUACACUCUUCAGUUGGAUGAUGAUCACCAAAGGCUUUGUAUAACCCAGGCAACGGUGGGAGAUAAUCAUGGUCAUUAUUCGGCAACUGGCUUGUCGAAACUUCAAUGUUCAGCAGGGAGUAAACCACCAGUGUACAUAUGUGCAUUGUCAAAGGACAAACCUUCCCGUUCGCUAAGACUUGAAUUCAAAAAGUCCGAUGAAGCUGUUUUCUCAGCAUCAGGUUUUUUUGGAUUUCACCUAUCUGGUUACUAUGUCUCCACGGAUCAUGCUACCAACAAGGAUAAGACCACAAACUUCCUUUACAAUCAAACCUCUAUAAGUGAUUGCUCUAAUAAGGAAGAUAAGGUUGUGGCAGAAAACGCAAAAGUGAAUAAUUUGAUGGCAAGAGAAAAUGCUCACAACUCUGGCAGCAUAUCUGGAGCUGAUGGAAACUUAUCCGAAAGUGGUGGCCAGGUGGUAAAGAAAGAUAUGCAUCAACAUGGCAAUGAGAACAUGGCGAAGGUGCAACAAGAUGCUAUCUCUGAUUUGAACAAAGAAUUGGAAGAAAAGGAGGGACAGAUAAGAUCGGCAGAAAAAGUGGAUGCAGGCAACACCGCUUGUAUAGCAGAAGGGAAUGGACACAGUUUCCUCAGUAAUGAUCAGUUGGUAAAGUCUGAAGUGCAUCAAGAUGCUUAUGAGAAAAUGAAAGAGGAGCAAAACAAUGUGGUAUAUGUUUAUGACACUGAUAUGGAAGCGGAUGCUGGCGAGGAUUAUGUCGUGUGCAUAAGAGAGCAUUCAACAGCUGCAAAAAAACUGGAGGCAAAAUUGGGAAACGAUACCAACUGUGUUAUGCUAGCGCCAAACACAGCAUCGAACGGUGCUAUGACACUUGACGAAGUAUCAGAAGAGAGCUUUGAUGCAAUAAGAGAGUCCAACAAGCAAAGUGAAAUUUUGCUCUCUUCAAGUACGGGGCACAUGGAUGAACCCAAAGAACAAGAAAUGAAAGCUAGUGAUCAUUUUACCAGAGAGGAUGCUUCUAUUUGCAAUACAAGUGCCAUCUCCAUUGAAGUUGUUGAAAUCGAGAAAUGCAAUCUUAACCUUAAGAGUGAAGCUAUGGUUCAAGCCCCAAAUUGUUCUAAGGAUGCUGGUGAAGCUGUGCGAUCAAACCAUGAUUUAGGCGAUGCUAGUCAUUCAGAAGUUGAAGAGCAGAAAACUUUAAGUGACAAGAUUGAUCCUCUUCAUGUUGAAGCAAACGGUGAAAAUUCUCCCAAAGAAGACAAGGUUGUGCAAGAUGUUGAAGGAAAUGAAAAAAUAUCAAACAUCCAGCCCCCAGAAGUUCAAGAUCGCAAGCGUAUUGCUGAAUUGGUUGAGGAAGAAGAUACACUGAAGAAAAAGCCAAAGACUGAAGCCAAAGAUCUUAAUGAUGCUAUAUCUUGUGGAACUAGGAUCGUAUCAAAUGGAAUUCUAAUAGAAACCCUGGCUGUAGGUGAAGCAAAUGGAAAGAAAGCUGCUCCAGGAAGAAGGGUAAAAGUAAUUUACACUGGUAGGUUAAAGGAUACUGGAACUCUACUUUAUACAAAUGUUGGUGGUCGUCCCUUCAAAUUCCGUCUUGGUAGCAAAACGGUACUCAAGGGGUGGAACGUUGGAAUUGAUGGAAUGUGCAUUGGAGAAAGGAGAAGGCUUCUCAUUCCACCAGAACUAGCUUUCGGAGAAAAAGACAAAGAUGGCAUUCCGCCUAACUCAUGGCUGAUUUUUGACAUUGAAUUGGUUGAUGUGAAGAUUGGGAAGAAAAAAAGUGGCUUAAGGAAAAUUUCUGUUUGA